AAGCAGAGCAGUACUUUGAACAGCUUCUAGAUUACUACAGAGACAAAAGUAGGAGCCCAGGGCCUGCCAAAGUUUGGGGCAGGGUGUGUGAAUGGCUCUUAUAAAUCCACAGGCUACUAGUUUGAGACCCCGGAAGGCUGUACCUUGGGAGUAAGGGUGAUCUGGAAGCCAGACCUCACAUACACUGCAGCCCAGCUUUGAGUCUCAAUCCCUAAAAUUGGAUUUAAAUGAUCUUUAAUUUCUAGUGAGUUCAGGCACUGGGACAGGAAAACAAAAUUGUCUCUGCAGGAAGAUAACAUGGUGUUAAUCCUCAAAACAUGUUACAAACUAAUUUUUUUUUUUAAAUAUUCGGCACACAACUAAGGCAGCCAGGCACAGGAGGAGACCAGACAAUUGAACCAAGAGCUAGCAGAGACAACAGACAAUAGAAACACUCUCAGAGGAUGGUUGCAAAACUCUUGCCUUCAAGCCUGACUGGGGCAAGGGCUAUUCAUGAAAAGCAGAAGCUCUUGAGUUCUUAAACCCAUUUGAAGAAGCCAAGCGAACCUAUGAGGAGGGUUUAAAACACAAAGCAAACAAUCCUCAGCUCAAAGAGGGUUUAGAGAGUAUGGAGGCCUGGCUGGCAGAGAGGAAAUUCAUGAACCCUUUCAACAUGUCCAGUCUGUACCAGAAGUUGAAGCGUGAUCCCAGGACAAUACCUCCACCACCACCUCCUCCCAAAAAGGAGACCAAGCCAGAGCCAAUGGAAAAAGAUCUUCAGGAGAGUAAGAAGCAGGCACUGAAAGGAAAAGAAUUGGGGAAUGAUGCUUGUAAGAAGAAAGAUUCUGACGCAACCUUGAAGCUCUAUGACACAGCCACAGGCCUGGACCCCACCAACAUUACUUUCGUGACCAACCAAGCAGCCAUGUACAUUGAAAAGGGCAACUACAGUGAAUUCCAGGAGAUUUUUGAGAAGGCCAUUGAAGUUGGCCAAGGAGACUACCAACAGACUACCAGAGCUUAUGCUCAAAUUGGCAGCGCCUACUUCAAAGAAGAAAAGUACAAGGAUGCCAUCCAUUUCUACAACAAGUCUCUGGCAGAGCACUGAACCCCAGAUGUGCUCAAGAAAUGCCAACAGGAAGAGAAAAUCCUGCAG